UGCAGCUUUUUCACUCUUCUGCCAUUCUGCAAUCAUGAAACUCGUUUCUUCCUCCAUAAGAUGCAUUUUAACAUUUAUUUUAUUGGAAACUGUAUCUUCUGCAUCUGUGAAUCCAGAUGGGCAUGAUGAUGUGUUGAAGAGGCCAGUAAGAGAAGCCAACAGUCCACCACCUAUAGAGUGCAAGUGGACCUCUUGGAGUGACUGGAGUGAAUGUUACCCAUGCACAAAGGAAAAAUACAGAUCCAGGAGUAUUGUAAACUUUGGGCAGUUUGGAGGAAAUCCAUGCCACUUGUCACUUGGACAGACUGCAUCCUGCAGGCCUACUCAACCAUGUGUGGAAGACGUAGUCGACUGUGGAAACGAUUUUACUUGUGAAACUGGUCGUUGUAUAAGGAAGAGACUGGAAUGCAAUGGUGAUAAUGACUGUGGGGAUUUUUCAGAUGAAAACUGUGAUGAAGUAAAAAGGCAACCGUGUCCACAUUUUAUGGAGCUCUCAGAAAUAGCAAGAACAGCUGGAUCUGGAUUGAACAUUUUAGGAAUGCAGUCCAUGGCAGUUGCAUUUGACAAUGAAUUUUAUAAUGGAGUGUGUAACAGAGUCCGUGAUGUCAAUUCCAGAACUUACUACAGGAUACCAUGGAAUGUUAUGAAUAUUGUCUAUCAGACUAAAGCUCAGGAAUCCUUUUCAACUGAAAUAUAUGAAGAUACCUCAGUGCUAAUUACUGAAGUCUUCUCUGAAAAGACAUCAAGCUUUGGACUAGACCUGUCCUUUAAACUAACACAUACUGAAGAAAAUGCAAAACAGGAUAUUGAUACAUCAAAAGGACAGAAAUCAAAUUCAUCCGAAGUUAAUGCAUCAUUACAACUGAGAGCAAAUUCAUCUGAAGUUUUGAGGAAUCUUAAACAUUACUCUUUUGAAAAGAACAAAAUAUUUAUGCGUGUGAAGGGGUCCAUCCAACUUGGAAGAUUCCAGAUGAGGACGCGUGAUGCUGUAUUUAUUCCUUCCUUUAUUGAUGAAUUGAAAGCCCUUCCAAAACAGUAUGAAAAGGGAGAAUACUUCAGAUUUUUAGAAGCUUACGGAACCCAUUAUUCUGUGUCUGGAGAAGUGGGAGGAACAUACCAAUUAAUAUAUGUCUUUAACAAGGAUAAUAUGAAACAUAAAGAGGAAACAUUGGAAGAAAUAAAGAAAUGUUUUGGAUAUGACGCCAAGAUUAAUAUAGCUGAAUCAACUGUGGAUGCCUCAAUUAAAUCACAUAGCGAUACAUGUAAAAGGAUGAGAACUGAAGGAGCUGCUGCUGCUAAUCGCUCUCGUAUUUUAGACAACGUACUUACAUUAAUUGAUGGGGGAACAGUGGAAUUUGCAGCUAAGUUGAAAGGAAAAUUGGAAAAGAAAGAACCAAUAGAUUCAGAGGUUUACUAUGAGUGGGCCAAAUCUUUGCAAGAUGCACCAGUGUUAAUUAAGCAGAAGACCAACCCAAUAUCCAGUCUUGUUCCAAUUCAUAUGAAAGAUGCCCAGGAAAAGAAAGAAAACAUAGAAAGAGCCAUUGAUGACUAUAUUUCAGAACAUAAUGUUUGUAAAUGUCAACCAUGCCAAAAUGGUGGUACAGUUGUCCUUAUAGACGGUGAAUGUAUCUGUAACUGCCCAGAUGAAUAUGAAGGAAUUGCAUGUCAAAAUAGCAAAGGAAUUGGCUCUGAGAAGAUAAGUCAACCUGCUGUUAUUAAUGGGGGUUGGAGCUGUUGGUCUGCCUGGUCAGAAUGCAAGGGAGGAAGCCGUGUUCAGAUUCGAACAUGUAAUAAUCCUACAGCUGGUCCUGGGGGUCAAAAAUGCCAGGGAGACAGUACCAACCUUAAAAACUGCUAAGCAAUAACCACAGUGAUACAGAGGAAUUCAGCCUAAUUCUAGAAAUAACAGACAUAAAUCUCAAGACUCUGGUGGCAAAUUUACCUGAUCUGGUUCUCGAUUUUCAUAAACUAAAGUGUCAUAUCAAGGCAGUGGCCUUAGGCGCAUGGAGGGCUGGAUGUGAUGUGUGUAUAAAUAACACCGAUUGUCUUCAUACUUUUCAUUUAUCCAUUGAGCAGCUUACGGAUCAACAAGUUGGAGACACAGCUUAUUAAAUUAUGACAAUGUUAUAUUUUAGUUACUUUUGUCCUCUAUGCUUCAUUGCUAAAAUCAAAGUAGGCAAAACUUCCAUUGUAUUAUGUACAGAUUAAUGGAUUAUUAAAACUGUGGCAAUAAAGUUAAAAUACAUAUUUUA